AUGCUGAGGCCUCUGCACUGUCCAGAAUGGGGUCGAUCCCAACAAACCCAAGAUACCGCUCUGGAGUCCGCUGGGGACGAAGCUCAUGUUCAGCCGGGUAAAAGCAUGGCUUUAUCAUUUCUGUUAGUCUUGGCUGCUACUGUGAUUCUCAUUCGACCAGAAACACCUGUAACUAAGGCUUUACACCAGAAUUUGAUGGAGUGUUGCAGUGACAAACAACUGAAACCCAACAGCACUUGUUCAAAUGACACUCACUGUGAACCAGGAUGCUUUCUGCGGCUCUUGGAGAAUAGCAACACUGUUUGCAUCUUCUGCGACUCUGCAUCCUUGGACUUGGAAAACAUCACAGCCUGCACCUUCAACUUCACAAUGGAAAAAAGGAAUCACACCACGGUCACUACAGUCAUGCCUAAAAUCGGGGGACCAGGCGUGGCGGCUUCUCUUCUCCUUGGAACGUUAUUAAUCAGCUUGUUCCUUAUUCUCUCAGUUGCCUCCUUCUUCUACCUCAAACGUUCAAAUCGACUCCCCAACAUUUUCUAUCGCCGCAACAAAGGUUUUAUGUUCCAGCCGAGUGAGGCCGCAGUCAUGAUACCUCCCACAUCAGGGAGAAAGACACGAUAUGUCCGUAGAGAUCGACCAUCUGCUUCCUCUACUCUGAACACCGAGAGGCUCCAGUCUGACUUUGACAACACACUGGAGCAUGUUGCUGCAGGGGACACACCACAGCCUUCAAAGUGGACAUUUUGUCCUUGUGCCACAGAAAAGAUGUUACACAACUUCUUUGAGGAGAGUGAGGAGUGCCGUGUGCUUCACGCGGCUCUGGCCUGUCCAGACAGCUCUGGUCUCAGUGACGCAGACGAUCUGGAUCUCACCACACAAAUCUAUACGUCAAUAAAAGAGCAGCAGGCUGGAGAGGAUGCUGAGGGACCUGGACUUAUAGAGGAGGAGGGUUCUUCUGUGGAUUCUAAAGGAGGUAGAGAUGGUCUAAAAUCUAAACCUGAUCCCGCAAAGAGCCGCUUAAGCUGCGCAGAGAAAGAGCGCUGGUUUGUGAGUAUCGAUAAUGGAACCUCCCAGCACUUGGCCCCUGCUACUGCCCCUGUGGCAAAAAAGAAGAGGAAGCAGAAGAAAACCUGUAAAGUGGAUAUUUCAGAUAAACACGCUGAUCGAUCCUACUCCUUCUCCCAAGACUUGUCAAGUUUGCACUCUGUGAAGAAGAUUUGUUUCCUCGACAAAGGAUGUGAUGAAUGGAGAUGUACGCCUGAAGAAGAGCAAAUGCCUGUUGAUAUUGGAUCAAAUGCUGUGGUCAGGGAUCGGGGUGACCUCGCCAUCAAGAUGUUGAAACAGGCAGCAAUCAGGCAGAUUUCUAUGGAGAAUAACCAGGUUCCAUCAGAUUAUCAAAGUAUAUUCUCCACCAUAAAGCAGUCAGAUAUGUGUUUAGUCUGCAUUGCCUUCGCUUCAUGGGUGUUGAGGUCCUCUGACCCUGAGGCAGCUGAUGCCUGGAAAGCAGCCCUCCUUGCCAAUGUAAGCGCUCUGUCUGCAAUCCAAUAUCUGCGACAAUAUAUGAAGAAGAAGGCCUCACCUUAG